AUGGAGAGACAAAAUUAUACUAUGUUGCAUGAAUUUAUACUUGUUGGAUUUUCUACAGUUCUUCAACUCCAGUAUUUUUUCUUCGUGAUCUUUUUCUGCAUCUUUAAGAUUUCACUUCUGGCUCAUAUGUGUAUGAUUCUUUUGUAUAGAUUGAAUCCAAAUCUUCGUACACCUAUGUAUUUUUUUCUUGCCAAUUUCUCCAUUUUAGAAAUAUGUUAUCUGUUAACUAUAGGUCCAAAAAUGCUGAUCAACCUUCUCUCUCAACACAAAACUAUCAGCUUCUAUGGAUGUGGCAUACAAAUGUGCUGUUUUCUAUUAUUGGGCAGUGCAGAAUGCUAUAUGCUGGCAGCCAUGGCGUAUGAUAGCUAUAAUGCUAUAUGUCAUCCUUUGCUAUAUAAUAAUAUCAUGAGGAAGAUAGUGUGUAUCAGGCUGGUCAUUGGUUGUUGGCUCAUUGGAGCAAUGAUUGGUGUCCUACAGACGAAACUGAUAUUUUCAUUACCAUUCUGCAGGUCCAAUAGAAUUAACAAUUUCUACUGUGAUAUUCCACCAUUAAUGAGUCUAGCCUGUAAUAACACACAGGUCAAUCAAAUCAUCAUGCUCAUAAUCACUUUUAUUAUUAUUGUAGGGCCUUUUAUUUUGACAAUAAUGUCAUAUGCAAACAUAAUCUGGACAAUUCUCAAGCACCAUCCGGCAGGGAUGAGGAAAAAAGCUUUCUCCACUUGUACCUCCCACCUAAUAGUUGUAUCUAUGUUCUAUGGAUCAUCCACUAUUAUGUACUUGAGACCGAAGUCAAGUUAUGGCAUGAAUGAAGAGAAGUUUUUGUCCCUCAUAUAUACUAUUAUCGCCCCAAUGGUGAACCCUUUCAUAUAUAGUUUAAGGAAUAAUGAUGUAAAAAGUGCAAUUAAAAAGAUGAUUCUAUAUGUGAAAUUAAAUAGGAUAAUUAGAAGAGAAUAG